AUGUACAUCACUCAAUUCCUUCUGAAUGUUUUUGAAAUAUUUAAAUUCCUUUCUUAAAUUACAUUAAAUUGUUAUUAAUUUGUUAAUUUUUUUGAAUUGUUCAACAGGAUGAAACUCGAGAAAAAAAAGCAAUAGCCACAGUAAAACCCUAAGAACAAUACGAAAAGUUCAAAAUAAUAAGUAGUUUAGAAACUUCCAGAUGAUAUGGAAUCUGAAAUCAGAGAUUGCUUCAACUUUUAUGAUCCUUAGAAGUCAGGUUACAUUAAUCGACAAAAUUUGAGAUCAAUCCUAGGCAAUUUUGCUUUUAUUAAUAAAACUGUUAAGGACAUAGAAGAAGAAAUUCAUGAUGUUGUCGAUGAACAACGAGAUAGUUUCUCAUUGAAAGAUGUGAUGCAUAUAAUUUAAAAAAGAUGGUUUGAGAAUAAGGGCAGAGAUGAAGAGAUGGAUGAAAUCUUCGAUUUAUUUGUUAAAAAAGAUCGUAAAAUUGGAUUGGCUGAAAUUAAAAAUGUCUUUGGUUAAUAUCUUGAUAUUCAGAUUAGCGAAUCUGAUAUCCUUGAAUUUAUCUAAGAUGCAAGCAAGGGUAAAGAGGCAAUGUCUAAAGAUGAUUUAGCAUCUAAAAUGAAUUAUAUUUGAUUUUUUGUUACUAUAUUAAUUGAUAUGCAUAAUAUU